UCCGCUGGGACUGAUAAGACGGUUCCGGAGCCCGUGAAGACGCGCCCCGCAGAGCGGGAGGACGGGGGCGGGCCGGCCUCCCCAUCCCGGGGACCCGCGGGCCGAGCGCGGCAGCCGCGCCUCUCCAGCGUCCCGCGCUGCUCCCUUGGCGGCCGUGUCGCCGCGGGCGAGUGGCUCUGCGCGCGCGGGGCGGGGCGAGGGCGGCGUCCGCAGGUAGCCCCCGGGAGGCGGGCAGACCCGCCCCAGACCCCCGGACCAAAAACCCGAGGGGGCGGAGCGGCGCGGCCGUGCGCGAAGGCGGCCAAGUUGGGCUCCGGCGCACGCGGCUUCGCGUCUCGGUCCGGGGUGGGGGACACCGUGUCCCCUCCCCAGCAGGGCUCGGACCCCGGCCCUCAGGAGCUGCUGCGGAUCUCCAAGGAACCGGAGCUUGGCCGCCCCCUCUCCCAGGUCCCCGCGCACUUGGGGCGUCCCGGAGCCGGGCAGCGAGCCGCGCCAUGCUGGAGGCCGACAUCGGUCUUGAGGGGCUGUCCCCCAAGGAAGCCCCCGCAGCUCAGGCCGCCGGGGCCGUGGAUGGGGAGGGCGCGCCGCCCGGCGGUCCCGGCUCACAGGCGGCCGCGAUGAGGGUCAACGAGAGGUACUCGACGCUCCCAGCCGAGGACCGCAGCGUCCACAUCAUCAACAUCUGCGCCAUCGAGGACAUCGGCUACCUGCCGUCCGAGGGCACGUUGCUGAGCUCCUUGUCCGUGGACCCCGAUGCCGAGUGCAAGUAUGGGCUGUACUUCCGGGACGGCAAGCGGAAGGUGGACUACAUCCUGGUGCACCCCCACAAGAGGCCGGCGGGCAGCAGGAUGCUGGCCAGGAGGGUCCAGCCCAACGACACUGGCCUGGGGGCCCUCAGCGGCAAGCAGGACCAGCCCCUGCCCGGGCAGGCUGGCCCGGUGGGUGCCGGCGAGCCUGAGGCCCCCCUGGGCUACCACGAGGACGACAAGAGGUUCCGCAGGGCGGAGUACGAGGGCAACCUGCUGGAGGCCGGCCUGGAGCUGGAGAGGGACGAGGACACCAAGAUUCAUGGGGUUGGGUUUGUAAAAAUCCACGCCCCCUGGAACGUGCUGUGCAGAGAAGCUGAGUUUUUGAAACUAAAGAUGCCCACAAAGAAGGUGUAUCACAUCAACGAGACCCGCGGGCUCCUGAAAAAGAUCAACUCGGUGCUCCAGAAAAUCACAGACCCCAUCCAGCCCAGGGUGGCCGAGCACAGGCCCCAGACCAGCAAGAGGCUGUCCUACCCCUUCUCCCGGGAAAAGCAGCACCUAUUUGACCUGUCAGAUAAGGAUUCCUUUUUCGACAGCAAAACCCGGAGCUCCAUAGUGUACGAGAUUUUGAAGCGAACAACGUGUACCAAAGCCAAGUACAGCAUGGGGCAAGGAGAGGGAAGAAAGAAGGACUCUGCCCUUUUAAGUAAAAGGCGAAAAUGUGGUAAGCACGGCAUCACGAGCCUGCUGGCCAAUGGUGUGUACUCGGCUGCGUACCCGCUGCACGAUGGAGACUACGAAGGUGAAAAUGUCGAGUUCAACGACAGAAAGCUCCUGUACGAAGAGUGGGCCAGCUACGGGGUCUUCUAUAAAUACCAGCCCAUCGACCUGGUCAGGAAGUAUUUUGGCGAGAAGAUCGGCCUGUACUUCGCCUGGCUGGGCGUGUACACCCAGAUGCUCAUCCCCGCCUCCAUCGUUGGGAUAAUCGUCUUCCUCUACGGAUGUGCCACCGUCGACGACAACAUCCCCAGCAUGGAGAUGUGUGACCAGCGGCACAACAUCACCAUGUGCCCGCUGUGUGACAAGACCUGCAGCUACUGGAAGAUGAGCUCGGCCUGCGCCACGGCCCGCGCCAGCCACCUCUUCGACAACCCCGCCACCGUCUUCUUCUCCGUCUUCAUGGCGCUCUGGGCCGCCACCUUCAUGGAGCACUGGAAACGGAAACAGAUGCGGCUCAACUACCACUGGGACCUGACGGGCUUCGAGGAGGAGGAGGAGGCUGUGAAGGAUCAUCCCAGAGCUGAAUAUGAAGCCAGAGUUUUGGAGAAGUCUCUUCGGAAAGAAUCAAAGAACAAAGAGAAGCGCCGGCACAUUCCGGAGGAACCCACAAACAAGUGGAAGCAGAGGGUUAAGACGGCCAUGGCGGGGGUGAAAUUGACGGAUAAGGUGAAACUCACCUGGAGAGACCGGUUCCCGGCCUACUUCACCAACCUGGUCUCCAUCAUCUUCAUGGUCGCGGUGACCUUCGCCAUCGUCCUGGGCGUCAUCAUCUACAGGAUCUCCACGGCCGCCGCCCUAGCCAUGAACUCCAACCCGUCCGUGAGGUCCAACAUCCGGGUCACUGUCACGGCCACCGCAGUCAUCAUCAACCUGGUGGUCAUCAUCCUGCUGGACGAGGUGUAUGGCUGCAUAGCGCGGUGGCUCACCCAGAUCGAAGUCCCAAAGACCGAGAAGAGCUUCGAGGAGAGGCUCAUCUUCAAGGCUUUCCUGCUGAAGUUUGUGAAUUCCUACACCCCCAUCUUCUACGUGGCUUUCUUCAAAGGCCGGUUCGUCGGACGCCCGGGUGACUACGUGUACAUUUUUCGUUCUUUCCGGAUGGAAGAGUGCGCGCCCGGGGGCUGCCUGAUGGAGCUCUGCAUCCAGCUCAGCAUCAUCAUGCUGGGCAAGCAGCUGAUCCAGAACAACCUGUUUGAGAUCGGCAUCCCGAAAAUGAAGAAGCUGAUCCGGUACCUGCGGCUGAAGCGGCAGAGCCCCGGGGUCCACGAGGAGCACGUGAAGAGGAAGCAGCGCUACGAGGUGGAUCACAACCUGGAGCCUUUCGCGGGCCUCACCCCCGAGUACAUGGAAAUGAUCAUCCAGUUUGGCUUCGUCACCCUGUUCGUCGCGUCCUUCCCCCUGGCCCCACUGUUUGCGCUGCUGAACAACAUCAUUGAGAUCCGCCUGGAUGCCAAAAAGUUUGUCACCGAGCUCAGAAGACCGGUGGCCGUCAGAGCUAAGGACAUCGGAAUCUGGUACAACAUCCUAAGGGGCGUCGGGAAGCUCGCCGUCAUCAUCAACGCGUUCGUGAUUUCCUUCACAUCUGACUUCAUCCCGCGCCUGGUGUACCUCUACAUGUACAGCCAGAACGGGACCAUGCAUGGCUUCGUCAACCACACCCUCUCCUCCUUCAACGUCAGCGACUUCCAGAACGGCACAGCCCCCAAUGACCCCCUGGACCUGGGCUACGAGGUGCUCAUCUGCAGGUACAAGGAUUACCGUGAGCCUCCGUGGUCGGAGCACAAGUACGACAUCUCCAAGGAUUUCUGGGCAGUCCUGGCAGCCCGGCUGGCGUUUGUCAUCGUCUUCCAGAACCUGGUCAUGUUCAUGAGUGACUUCGUGGACUGGGUCAUCCCGGACAUCCCCAAGGACAUCAGCCAGCAGAUCCACAAGGAGAAGGUCCUCAUGGUGGAGCUGUUCAUGCGGGAGGAGCAGGGCAAGCAGCAGCUGCUGGACACGUGGAUGGAGAAGGACGAGAAGAAGGAUGGGCCUUGCAACAACCACAACCCCAAAGCCGCCCCCGACAGCCUUGGGGGCACGGCCCGCCGCAGCCACGCGUACCCUGGGGGCACGCCAUAGCCCCCCGGGGCGUCCACACUCGGGGACAGACGGCCCCCGCUCCACCACCAGGGCCUUGCGGAAACUGUGUUCUCUGCAGACUUGGAGGGCCCCUUUCUGAUAGGAUUCCAGUCUUCUUUCCUUUCUCUUUGUUUUUGCACAAAACCGUUAUGCAGGGACUUGUGUGUGACCGUUAGUACUCAAGUUAAUCGAAUUGAUGGCUGGUGGCAGGGGGAUGAGGCGGUGAACGCAGAUGCUUUGCAGACACAGAUUCUUGGGAAACUUGAGUUUUCCUCCAGAAAUGAUCCUUUUGAAACCUCCUGAUGCCUUAAAACAUAUGCAAAAGGGUGUUCUAAGGCCCUGGGCAAAGGUGGGUACGAUUUUUGAGGGAGAACAGAGAAACCGACGAGGAAUAAAUGUUGCUACCUGCCUCUGGUGAGCAGAGUUCGAUGACUUUGAAUCACCUUUUUCCUUCCUUACGUUCAGAAGCUGAGGUGUGCUUUGCUCAGAGAAGGCUGCCUUGCCCUGUCCAGCGGAGGGCGUGGGGAUUUCACUUUUAUUCUUGGGGUGCAGAGGCGUGUGACUAAGUGGGCCACCAGCACCCCUGGGUCUCCGACAGGCCCCCCUUCAGCCACUCACCUUCCCCAUCACACUGAGCAGAUUUCAAUGCAGGCAUCUCCAUUGGGAGAUAAAAGCAGGCGACGGGGAAACUGGCAGAGCUAGAUUACCUCAUCGGGGGUCAUUUCUAAACGUGAUUUAGGGUUGCAAGAAGUCCUGAGGCUUCCAGAGGUACAGUCACGGCUUUCGAAUACUUAGUGAUUUUUUAAAAUCAAUUACAUGGGGGGAUUUGAAGGGUUUUCUUCCUGUAGCUCAAAGGGUGAAAGGAGUUUAUUUUACUAGUUAACCAAAUACCAUCGAAAGGAGUUUAAAAUACUGUUAUUACCAAAGAUUUUUAUUAAUAAAAGCUUCUAUUUUGGUAACACUGCUCUAUAUUUUUACUUACAGGAAUGUCACUGGUGGACAAGUAGCCUUUUAAAAGCUUGUAAAAACAAGUCUCAUAAAUCAUAUGAGGGAUCUCAAUUUGCAGUAGUUAGAUAACCAAUUGUCUGAAUUUCUCAAGCACCAAGAGAAACAGAAAAAAUAAAUGUUUACCAAAG